GAACUGUUGUAAAUUGAUUUGUUAACGAAUGCAAACGUUUUCUUAGUUAAUUUACCAUUGUGGUGAGUUGAGUUUGACAUUUUGGUGAAAACUCAUGUUUUGGUGGGAGUGCCAACAUCAGGGCUUCACAGAAAGAAAAGGCCUCUAGCCUGGACAGAAGAAUAUCCUCAAAAUAUGCAAUGACUGUUAGUCUGUGGAGGUGAUAUCCUGAACAUUUAUGUAUAAUAGUACAUGACAAUGUUAACCCCUGGCUCCCUGUUGAGUUUGGACUGGUACAAAACACAUGAAGGCAGAGAAAUGAUCAUGGCCAUUAUGCAGAGAAACAUGCACAGGAGGAAAACCUUUGGUUUGUUGGAGAAACCAAGUUUUCCUCCUCACCUGAUGCCAGAGGAAUGUAGGUACAAGAUCUUCCUGGUGGGGAGAAGUGGAGUUGGGAAAACUAGCACUGUGGCCAAGUUAGCUGGAAAUGAGGUCCCACAAGUCCACAGUGAAACACCAGGUAUACAGACAUCGUUAGUGUACUGGCCUGCCAAGAUCAUUCACCUGAACAAAGUGGUUAUGUUUCAACUACAGUUUUGGGAUGCUGGGGAGAAUGCCUUGAAGAAGUUUGACCAUGUUUUACCGGCGUGUGUGGAGAGAGUAGAUGCCUUGCUGUUUCUCUUCUCCUUUGUGGACAAGUCAAGUUUCGAGGAUCUUCCUCAGCAGCUGUCACGAUUCACUAAUCCGGGAGAUGACACAUGCAAGAUAGUCAUGGGAACAAAAUUUGAUUUGCAUGCCCAUAGUGAGAUAACUCAAAGAGAAAUUCGUGACUUUGAACACCAGUGGAACAUUCCUAUUUUGCGGAUUCGAAACGUACCGGACUACCAGCAGAACAAAACAAAGACAGAUCUGAAUGAAGUAGCUCCAUUGUUGAACACCAUCUGUGAAUACUUAUGGCAGAGAGACUUGAUUCUGGCAGGAAAAUACAAUGAAGGAGCUCUGAAACCUGAUGUGAAGAUUUCAUUCUGCUAGUUAUAAUAAGAUCUAACCAGGUACAUGUGCCUGGCAAGGUGUCGUAGUUUGUCCUGGCCUCCUGUAAGUGAUUUAUCCCUAACUAUAUUUAUUUUGUAUUUGAUCGGUGUUUUACCCCGUAAUCAAGAAUAUUUCACUUAUACAAUGGCAGCCAGGAUUCACAUGGGAAGAAACCAAGCAGAGCCCAGGGGAAACCCACGACCUUCCUCAGGUUGUUGCCAGACCUUCCCAUGUAUGGCCAGAGAGAAAGCCAGCACGAGUUGAACUUGAACUCACAACUACCAUUGGUCCCCCCUGGUGCUGGAUCAAAACCGGCAUUGAACUCUGUUUUAAGAUUCUUUAUGGCAAAAAGUGGCCAGUUAAGCAUUCGUUGAAGAUGAUUUGUCUGCCAAGGAACAUGGUGUGCUUAUCUGGAGGUCACAUGUUGUAAGGUUUGUCAGUAGCUUGUCAAAGUUUGUUGGUUUACCGCUGCGCUCAAGUUUCCUUUCGAGUUAAACUGGCUGAUGUCAUAGAAGUGAAAAGAUUCCUGGGUAUGGCAUUAAGCUACAAUCAAAGAAAUAAGUACUGUAAAUCUUUAACCUUUUUAACAUCUAACGCUCUUUUUCCAGUGGAUUUUAUUGCUUACAAAUUUUUUGAAAAUGUCACUAAAAAGAAUUUGUUUGUGUCAGUAAAUAUGCAAGUUUCAUAAGUGUGCAAAUUAUUUCUCUACAUCUUGGAGUUCUCUCAGAAUGUUUCAAACUAUUGGUCGUAAAGGUGGUUGAAAAGUUUAUAAAAUCAGGGUAGAUUAUGGUAAUAAAAUUCAAGAAAGAAAAUAUUAGUAAAGUGUCUGCUGUGCAAAGCUUGGACCCAAUGACUAAUGUUUGGAUCAAGCGUGUUAUGUCAGUUUACUUGCAUGUAUUAUUUCAGUGUAUAUAUUUGCAUUUUAUAUGCAAAUUUCAAAGCAUGACUUUUGGACUGUUUAAGUUUACGGUGUAAUUUUUAAAGUUGUUACUAUUGCGUUCGAAAGAAACCUCUGAUGGAGUUGUAACUGAUUAUUUAUGCAACCAUUAACAAAUAUUUAAAUUAUAUAAGCAUGCAAAUGUAUUUAUUUUAACAGUGCAAGUUAUUUUACAUUUUUUUGCCUUGUAAAUAUAAGUAUAUAACAUUUAUUUAUUGAAUCAUGUCAGACAUUUGUAUCGUUCAGGGAAGGCUACAUAUUUACCCUCCUGGGAUGAAGAUAUAGACACAUCUGUCAUGUCUGUCUUAAUCAUUAUCCCAGUGUAUACACGGCCACAUUAUACGAAACAUAUACAUCAGGGUUUCACAGAAUCCCUCAGAUAAUUGUGAAACAAAACCUAGGCAAACAUGUUGCACAUUAGGAAAAAGGUUGACAAGAAAUUGAGUAAGGGCAUCAGCUGUAACUGUAUGGUUUUGUAUGUAGGCAUACUUAAUUAUAACGCUGAUGCAUGGUUGUAUUUUGUUACAAUUUAUAGUUUUAAAAUAAAUAUGGUGAUGGACCAAAUAUAGU